CUGAUGUGAUGGUCUUGUGCAAAUUAUUUUUUCGUAUGCUUUAAAAUUGUGUUUAGAUAUGCAUUUCAUUCAAAAUUCCGUUUUGGUUGUUGAAGUCGUUUCGUUUUUGUUUUUUGUUUUCGUAUUGUUUUUCCCCAACUACGCGGCUGUCUCUUUAAAUUACGUGGCCCUUUCCUUGUCGCUGAAAUACUACGUCACACUCACAUGUGGAGCCUCAGCUGUAGCCAGACAUCAUAAAAACGUUUAAGUUUUUUUGGUUUAAAUCGAUCAUUCGUAUAUAUCUUGUAGUAAACAAAAUUAGACAUGGCCUCAAGUUGUCGAAGACCCGAGCAUAUGGCUCCGCCUGAAAUUUUCUAUAACGAAGAGGAGGCCAAGAAAUAUUCUCAGAAUUCUCGGAUGAUUGAGAUCCAGAGCCAGAUGUCUGAGAGAGCUGUGGAGCUGCUGAACCUGCCUGAGGACCAGCCCUGUUUCCUGCUUGAUGUAGGGUGUGGCUCCGGGCUAAGUGGGGACUACCUGUCAGAGGAGGGACAUUUCUGGGUUGGAGUGGACAUCAGCACAGCCAUGUUGGAUGUAGCGCUGGAUCGGGAGGUGGAGGGAGACCUUGUGUUGGGGGAUAUGGGGGAGGGAUUGCCCUUCAGGCCUGGGACCUUUGAUGGCUGCAUCAGUAUUUCUGCUCUCCAGUGGCUCUGCAAUGCUGACAAAAAGACUCACAGCCCCCCCAAGAGGCUCUACACCUUCUUCAGUACACUCUACUCCUCCCUGUCAAGAGGAGCCCGUGCAGUGUUUCAGCUUUACCCAGAGAACUCUGAGCAGCUGGAACUGAUUACAUCCCAGGCCAUGAAGGCAGGCUUCAGUGGAGGCAUGGUGGUGGACUAUCCUAACAGCACCAAGGCCAAAAAGUUCUUCCUGUGUCUGUUCGCUGGGUUUUCAGGAACCCUACCCAAGGGGCUCGUGUCAGAGACAGUGGACAGGGACGUCCCAAAUCAAGUCCAAUUCACAGGACAGAGAUCUCGCUUUAAGAACAUGAAGGGCAAGUCUGCAAAGAAGGGAAAAGACUGGGUCCUAGAGAAGAAGGAGAGGAGGAGAAGACAGGGCAGGGAAGUCCGAGCUGACACAAAGUACACUGCCAGGCAGAGAAGGCCUCACUUUUAAACCCCGGUCAGUCCUGUGUGUUCCAGCCCGGAGGUUCACACUCAUGGAGUAUUACUGUCCUUCCUGUGUGACCAGAGGAGCUGUGACCAGCAAGAUUUAAACUUAAAUGGACUCAAAUCAAUCCUACUCACUUAAAAACGGGUGGAUUAAACUCUUUUUUUUCUUCCCAUUUUAGAAGUUGCCGGUUGUUUUCUUCCAGGAGUUGUCUCUCUAUCAAUGGAAUGGAAAUUAAUUCAUAUCAAUUUGAGAAUGCAAUUCCCACUCACGCCGGUGACUGCCAGUUGCUGUGGUUACCUAGACUGGUUGCUAGGCUUUGUUUAGCUAUAACAUUCCUAGAGAGGGGCUCGUUUCUGUACUUUCCACUCCUUCUGGUGUCAUGUGCCACGGGAGCAUGAGGAGUGAGGAAAGUUGUAGCUAAACAGUGACUGGCCACCAGUCUAAUGCUAUUCUGGUUGUGGUCCCAAUCCUCUGGACAGAAACUGGCCCCUCUCUAGGACAUGGGCCCCCUAUCCUCUGGACAGAAACUGGCCCCUCUCUAGGACAUGGGCCCCCUAUCCUCUGGACAGAAACUGGCCCCUCUCUAGGACAUGGACCCCCUAUCCUCUGGACAGAAACUGGCCCCUCUCUAGGACAUGGACCGGUAGACUGCUAAUAAAAUAUUCCCCUCUCUGA